UUAUCUAUGAUACUUAUUUAUUUUUAUUUUUAGACUGACGAAAAGGUUAUGUUGUUGAAGUACUGUCAAUUUUUAUUAUCAGUCUAUUCUAUAAAUUGUUUUAAUUAUAUUAUUAUAAUUAUAGCCUGAUGUUUUCAACAUAUAGAUAUUUAAAAGUGUCAAAAUGGGACAAACUAUGAGUGAACCUGUAACUGUAAAAGCAACUGCUUGUUGUGAGAAUUCAAAUUUCAAAGUUGGUUCGAGUUGUAUGCAAAGAUGGCGAGUAAAUAUGGAAGAUUUCCAUACUCAUAUAUUGUCAAUGCCAAAUGAUCCAAAUACAGCAUUUUUUGGAGUUUUUGAUGGUCAUGGAGGUGGCAAGAUAGCAGAGUAUGUAGGAAAGCAUUUACACAAGUAUGUCACUAAUCAAAGAGAGUAUAGUGAAGGAAAUAUUCCUGAAGCAAUGAGAAAAGGCUUUCUGGAGAUCGAUGAUGCAAUGGCACUGGAAGAAUCUCUAACAAGAGAACGUUCUGGCACCACUGCAAUCACUGUUAUUGUGAAAAAUAAUCAAAUAUAUUGUGCAAAUGUGGGUGACUCGAGAGCAGUAGCUAGCAUUGGUGGUAAAGCUGUACCCUUGUCUAAUGACCACAAGCCCAAUAAGAAAGAAGAACAUGAUAGAAUCACAGCAGCUGGUGGAUGGGUAGAAUAUGAUAGAGUGAAUGGAAAUUUGGCCCUAUCAAGGGCUCUCGGUGACUACAUUUACAAGAAAAAUCCUAACAAAAAAGCAGAGGAGCAAAUUGUGUCAGCAUUACCAGACGUGACAGAAUACACUAUGAAUGAAGACUGGGAAUUUAUUGUCCUGGCCUGUGAUGGAAUUUGGGAUGUAAUGGGUAACCAAGAAGUCGUGGACUACAUACGAGAAGAAAUAGCGGAGGGAUUAGAACCAGAGAAAAUAUGCGAGAAUAUCAUGAUGCGUUGUUUAGCGCCAGACCUUCAAAUGGCUGGACUUGGAUGCGAUAAUAUGACUGUGCUAAUUAUAGGACUCCUGCACAAUGAACCCUUCGAGCAAUUAAAAAUAAAGUGUUCUGGUGUUACGAAUAAUACAGAGUGUGAAGGUACUAAUCAGGUUAUAGAAACUAAAGAGGACAUAAUAGAUGAACCUGAGUAAUUCAAUAAAUUUCAUAUGGAACAAAUGAGGAUAAAGCAUAUUGUGUGGUUUCACAAAAUUCAAGUUGAGUUAGUGAAAAAACUUUUCAUAAAUCCAAAGAUAUUCUACAUAGUUCUCUCCAUUUCCUCAUUUUCUGCAACAUCUAUUUUAUUAGUACCAAUGAUUCUAAUGAGCAUUUAUGAGAAUAUAGGUACAAGUUUGUGCACAAAAUUAUAAUAAGAUGUGGUUAUCAUCAAUUUUUAAGUGUGAAAUUAACUGUUAUAUAUCUAUUGUUUUCCAGUCAUUGUGAACCCAUUUAUUUUGUAAUGUAUAAUUUUUAUUUCAAUAGAUUAUUUCUUCUUAUGAAA